CUAAUUACCAGCUAGUCUGUGUGGGCCAAAGUGAUGCGUUGAGUCGAAUGUCUCCUCUCAAUGUCUUUCUGCUGGUUCUGGCAUUCAGUUUGCUGCUUCAGUGUGGAGAUGUCAAGCCCAAUCCAGGACCAACAAAUCCUGGGUAUAGCUUUUUUGUGGAGAAGAGAUCUAGAUUGUGGAAGGUCUCUCCUGAAAGCUAUAGCUCUACCAUUGCUUGCUAAAGACUGGAUGUAUAUGAGGAGACAAUUGAGCUAAACGAAACUAAAGAUAAAAGCGUGAAGACUCCACCUAAAAGUGUUGAAACUAGUGCAGCAAUCUCCAAAAAUCGUGUUAAAGUAUUCCAAAAACCAAUUAGCAUGAUGGAAAUUCAAAGCAUCGAGCAAUGCGCUUGGACAAUGGCAACUAUUCCAGGGGCUCUGAGGGUACUAGUAUUUAUGUACAUGUAUAGUCUACCAUAUUGAGUUGAUCUUCUGCUUUUACUUGCUCAGCUAUAUCGAGAAAAUGUCGUGUCCUGGAUGUUGUCUACAAUGCCAGCAACAACGAGCUUGUGCGUACCAAGACUCUAGUCAAGAAUUGUAUAGAUCUAGUGUUGAUCGACUGCACUCCCUUCAAGCAAUAGUUUGAGGCGCAUUAUGGAAUUCCUCUAUAGGAUCCAAGAAGUCAAAGAAGACAGAGGAAUCGACUGAAGAUGAUGUUCUAUCUGUUAAGAAGUUCAGAACUGUCAGGAAAUCCACCAGUCCUCCAAGAUUGACCCACACGUAGAGGAGCAGUUCCUCACUGGAAGACUUCUAGACGCGUGCGUGUCAUCUCGACCUGGGCAGAGUGGCCGCGGUGUGAUGGGUAUAUUCUAGAGGGCAAGGAGCUUGAGUUCUAUCAGAGAAAACUUAAGUCCAAGAAGGGAAAAUAAACUCUAUCAUGAAACUGUUUUCAUUAUGUUAUCUUGUAACUUUCCUGAUGUUUGAUGAUUAAUUUGUUACGAUGGAUCCUCACAAGUUUAUUCAUACAUGGGUGGUAUUGUCACACCCAGUAUUAAAUGGCUACAGCAUGAGAUCCUCAGGAAACAAGUCAGCUGUCACUAUUGGUACCCUUGGUGAUGAUGAACCUCUACCAGAGCUAUCAAAGAUAUUUCCCAGGCCAAGCUGGCAGCUACAAGCUUGUGUAGUGUCAGUACUGAUAAACCCUCUCAUGUAUCGAGUGUACCAGAUACUAGUAACCAUUGGCUACAUCCUCUGUCCUAUUGGAACCAGUGGGUCCUUUUCAGCCUCCGCAUAUGCAUCUAACUUUGUGAUAUGUCCGGUGCCAGUGGUGGAUUUGAGCUGGACUGGAUUGUUUCCGUGUAAUCUGGGGUGGAGGGGAAGUGCCCUGGUCGUAGCUAUUGUAUCCGUGGUGUUUCUGGUGUCUUACUUGUUCAUCAGAGCUUGCUUGACUCGCUGGAAUCCACGGAGGAUCAUCAAACAGAUAGUAAAUUGCACAGUCAAAGAAAACGAGCGUAAAAGAGAAAGAGACAAGUUUGAUGUCUCUCUUAUAACAUCUAUUUUGACUCCUGCUCUGAGUUUUUCUCUGGUGGUGUUUUCACACCAUUUGCUGCUUCAGUGCGGAGAUGUGGAGUCUAAUCCAGGACCUGGAAACACUGGAUAUAAGAGAAUGGUUUCUUGUGCUGAGAGGAUUGUUGAGGGCCUUUCCAGAGAUCCCAACGGAAUAGCUAUAUCACUGUUUUCUGGGAGACUUAUAUCUGAUGCUCUUAUGAGAGCAACAAUGGAAUUGAGUCAAACUAAAGUGGACAAAGCUAGAAGACUCUACACAACUGUUUUAGAUGUUGUAAAGCAUUAUCCAGAGAGGUACGAUAAUUUCCUAGCAGUAUUUCGAGAGCAUGGAGGAAUGUACACGGAUCUGUUGGAAUUGCUUGAAAUCGAAGCUACUGAAAACCGUGUUCCCGAGGAUACCAUUUUGGACAUAGCUACUGAAAACCGUGUUCCCAAGAAUACCAUUUCUAAGGUGAAACGCAUCAACACUAAACAAAUCAAGGAUCAAUGGGAUGAGCUUCUUUGGGUAGUGAACGAAAGGCUAGACUCGAAAUUGAAACGUGUUGUGAUCACGUUAAAGCGGAAGCAUUCUUACUGUUUUGAGAAACUUUGUCCAGAAAUUGGGUCGGUUGAAAAGAUUUUCUACAACUUAUCAAAGCUUAAAUUGUGUCGCUAUCGUAAAUGGAAUAUACUUCAAGACAUAAUCACAGCUGUAGAUAAAGAUAGCUGUGAGCUAUUGCACACAUACGAACUCAAAUAUCACGGCUUUAAAGCUGUAAACAAGAUUGCAGACAGACUGUGUUGCGUUGAUCUCGAAUUUGCGUACUCAGAAUCUACCGAUGAAGAAAUGAUGUUAACAAAUGAAAUUUCUUUCAAACUUGCCAAAAAUCUAAAAUUGACUAAACGGAUAGAUAAUCCAACUUCAAUUCGUUACAUUAAAGAGGUGUGGAGAGAAUGUAAAAGAAAAUGCUACGUUCCAUCUCUAAGAGUUAUGACGGAUUUCAUACUUCAGUUCAAGACUGCUCCUAAUCGUCAAAGCAUCACUCUAGUUGCUCAAACCCCACCUGUGACCCUUGAGGGAGUCUCCCUGUCUACUAUUGGACAAACUGUUACUCAGUCAACUCCCAAGCCGGUGAUGUGUCAUGAGUCGCCAGUGCCAGAGGACCAGGAACGGUCAACAUGUAUCAGAUCUACACUGCUGUCUUCCUCUGUUGGCCAUACCAUAAAGCUCAUCAGACUCAAGACUAUCUCGGAGAAGUUGCUGGCAGAAUGUCGCAGUGAGACAGCUGACAUUGAAGUGGUGAGAGGCUACCUGGAGCAAGAAGACUGUGACGUCAAUAUCAGGGAAAAUGAUGACCUCCAGUGGAGUCCAUUGAUGUGGGCUCUUGAGCACAAACACUUUACAAUAGCCAAACUACUUUUGAAGUACAAACCUCAAGUUAAUAUUCAAGACAAGAAAGAGUGGUCUCCGUUGAUGCUGGCUUGUAGAGCAGGAGACCUGGAGAUAGUGCAGGGAAUAGUGGCACUGGGAGCAGAGAUUGACCUGCCCACAAACAAAGGAUGGACUCCUCUGAUGUGGGCUGCUUACAAGGGUCAUGCAGAGAUGGCUAGAUUUCUACUGGAGAAGGGAGCAUUUGUGGAUUUCUGUGAUAUUGAUGGAGCCACACCUCUCACCAUUGCCUCCAUGUGUGGUCAUGUGGAACUAGUGGAGUUCCUCCUGAGCAAUGGGGCUGACUCAAGCGUUAAACUGGCCAAUGGACAAACGGUGCUGCACCUGGCCGCACUUGAGGACUACCCAGAUGUGGUGGAAUUACUUCACACACACAACUGUGAGCUAGCUAGAGAACGUGAUCAGAACGACUACUCAGCUUUGAUGGAGGCAGCUGCUCAUGACCAUGUUGAUGUCAUUCGUGUACUAGUGUCCCAGCAGGAUGAUCUAGGAGACACAGAAAUCCCUACCUUGAAUGAGGCUUUCCAUCUUGCUUUGAUGAAAGGGCACACUGACUCUGUCGACAGACUCUUACGGAGCAAGUUCAAGAAGGAGAUUAUCGACAGUGAAGAUAGUGAUGGAAUGACUCCUCUUGUGUUGGCUGUCUUGAAGCAGUCCCCAAAGUUGGUAGAUAUGCUUAUGACAGCUGGAGCAGAUCCCAACCUAGCAAACAGAGAUGGCAUGACACCGCUGAUGCUAGCUGCUGAGGUUGGACAGGUAGACAGUGUGAAACUACUGGUGGAGAAAGGUGCAGAGGUCACUCUACCACAUGAGAUGAGUGGUAAAACAGCUCUCCACUUUGCCUCUGAGAAUGGUCACACUGACGUGGUGGAGCUCCUGGCUCUGCCAGAGCACCAAGCCUUGGCCAUCAAAGACAUGAACGAUAAGACUGCUUUGGUCUUGACCAAGAAUAGUGAAGUAGCAGCUGUCUUGAGAGAGCCACUGUUGAAGCAAUCGUGGAAAACUGUCAAACAGCCGUUUCAAUCCCUACGAAAGUUCAUCACCCGUGACUUAAAGCUAAUAACUGCUUGCAGGAGAGGAGAUAUUAAGGGAGUGAAACGUUGCCUUCAAAAGAAAGCUAAUGUUGAUGCACUGGACAUACUGCGUUGGACGGGGCUGAUGAGGGCAGCUCACAAUGGACACGAUAAAGUGGUCAAGUUAAUGCUCGAGCAUGGAGCCAACCCCGACAUCAAAACUAGGACUGGCUGGACUGCUUUGAUACUUGCUAGCCGAAAGGGCUACUUUAACGUUGUCCGACAUCUAGUGGACCAUGGUGCAGAUGUGUCCAUUUCAAACUGGCGAGGGUGGACAGCUCUCAUGGCGGCCUCACAAGGUCGAAACACGACAGAAGAAGCUCAGCAGAACAAAAUCAAGACUGCCGAGAUAAUUUUGGACAAGGACCCCAGUGUUGUUGACAUAAGAGCUAAGGAUCAAUGGACACCACUGAUGCAAGCCUGUCAGGACGGCAACACUGGUUUGGUUGAACUCCUUGUAGAGAAGGGAGCCAACACAGAGCUCUUCAAUCCGAAAAACUGGACCCCAUUGAUGAUUGCUACCACAAAAGACAGAGUAGAGGUGGUGAAAGCCCUUGUUAAAAGUGGAGCUGAAGUGGAACACAAAAAUGAGGAGGGUCACGGAAUGUCUGCUCUCCAUGUUGCCUGUGUGAAGGGACGUGAUAAGUGUCUGAGAAUCAUGGUAGAGUCUGCCCCUGGGGCAAAGUGUCAGGUGGAUCUGGAGAUCAAGGAUAAGUGGGGAAUGACUCCAUUAAUGAUGGCUGCUAAAAACGGGAAUGAGAAAUGUAUCGAGAUAUUGGUGGAAAAUGAGGCAGACGUGAACACAAAAUCAAAACGGAUGGCCCAUGAGUCAUCAAUGCCAGAUGACCAGGAAAGGUCGGCCCAUGAGUCAUCAAUGCCAGAUGACCAGGAAAGGUCUAGUGGAUCUAAUCUGCUGCCCUCCAUUUUGGGUCGGAUCAUCAAGCCUUUCAGACAGAGGACAAUCUCGGAGAAGUUACUGGCAGAAUGUCGCAGUGAGACAGCUGACAUUGAAGUAGUGAGAGGCUACCUGGAGCAAGAAGACUGUGACGUCAAUAUCAGGGAAAAUGAUGACUUCAGGUGGAGUCCAUUGAUGUGGGCUCUUGAGAACAAACACUUUGAGAUUUGCAAACUGCUUCUGGAGCACAAGCCUCAAGUUCAUAUUCAGGACAAAAAAGAGUGGUCUCCGUUGGUGCUGGCUUGUAGAGCAGGAGACCUGGAGAUAGUGCAGGGAAUAGUGGCACUGGGAGCAGAGAUUGACCUGCCCACAAAUACAAAAUGGACUCCUCUGAUGUGGGCUGCUCAAGAGGGUCAUGCAGAGAUGGCUACAUUUCUACUGGAGAAGGGAGCAUUUGUGGAUUUCCCUGAUGAGAAUGGGUGGACUCCAGUCAUGCAAGCCAGUCAGGAAGGUCAUGUGGACGUGAUCAAUGUCCUGCUGGACCACAACGCUAAAGUCAACCAUCAAACUGAAACAACCUGGUGUGCUCUGAUGGCGGCUGCUAAGAACAUGCACAGUGAUGCAGUGGACACACUUCUGAAGAGAGGAGCUCAAGUGGACAUACAGAGAGAUGAUGGAUCCACCACACUGCAAGUUGCAAGCUAUUACAAAGGCAACUCUGCUGUCAUGAAGACCUUGAUCAAACAUGGAGCAAAUAUUGAUCACCUAAAUAAGGAUGGCAUGAGUGCUCUGAUGCUGGCCACUAACAAGGGUCACCUGGGUGUAGUGCAGGACCUCAUCCAGGGAGGAGCAGACACUAACAAACAACAUCCUGAGACAGGAUGGACUCCCAUUUUCUUUGCUGCCAAAAGUGGUGAAAUGGAUAUUUUCAAACAAUUACUUCAUAAGGGGGCAAGAACUGAAAUUGAAGGAAGGAAUGUGGUUGAUGUUGCAAGCAUGUUCAAACGUGAAGAAAUGCUUUCUGAACUCAAAACAUUCGAGCAAGCAUCACACAGAAUUAUCUCCAGUAGUGUGAAUCCACCAAGUUUAGAGGCAGAUGAGCCAACUCCAGUGGAACAAGAACCAUCCAUAACUGAACCAAAGGUUGAGAUACCACCUGAGGAGGUCACUAAACCAGAGCAAGAGUUGGCUGAGGACUCCACAGAAGAGGUGAUAAUAGAGCCUCCACAGCUUCCUGACCCUGAAGCAGUGAAGCCUUCACUCUCCACCACUGAGGCUGAGGAGAAAGAAGUUGAUGUGACUCCUGUACCUGUUGUUGAAACUUUUACAGUGAAACAAGAGACAAAAGAGUUGUCUCAAAUGGACACAAAAGCCACAAAGGAGAAGACAUCAGAAGCCAAGAAAUCCUCCAAAGACAUUGAAAAAGAGGCAAAGAUUAUUGAGCUCUUGCUGAGGGGAUUUGCUAAUAGGAUGGCGAAUCCAUCUAGCAAUAAAUAUCGAUAUGAAGAGACCAACAUCGCUGAUGUCAUUGGAGGGAAAGGAUUGAAAUCAUCUGAAGAGAUUACUCAUAAACUAGCAGCGCCAGAAGUGGCUAAACAUUUUAGUGGAACCCCUAGUAUUCAGAGGGCCAUUGCUAUUUCCGAAGAUCCCGAUGAUGAUCUUUAUAUUUAAUGGAGUAUUAUUGUCAAGAGUUUAUUUAUAAAUUUAUGCAUAUUUUCUUAACCCUGUAGCUGCACAAUAAUUAUUCUAAUUAUUAUGUGUGGGUGUGUUUUUCAG